GGUCGUGGCGCGGCUCGGGGCAACGGGGCUGCUGCUCGGCCGGCCGGCGGCGGCGAGCGGUGGGGGCAUGAGGGCGAGCCGGGAAAACGGCAGUUGAGCCGGCGGGGAGGAGCGCCAGUCCCCGAGGAUUCCGAGAGUGCGGAGCUCGGGGCAGGGGCCGGGAGGCGCGGGGAAGCUGGGCCCUUCCCUCAGGAACGUGUCCCGGGGCCGAGUCGGCCCGUAGUGUGGCAGCAGCGUCAGAUAGGAAGAUUCAGGAUAAAUUACACAUCUGGUACGAGACAGAGGCGGGAUUCAAACCCAGGUGUGUUCAUGGACAAGUUUGAGAGGCACUAUACUGUACCAGGCUCCCUUUAACUGGAUCUUGGCAGAUGGGAGGUGAGCACGUGAAACAAUAUGAAGAGGAGAAAAUAGCCUUUUAAGGAAAUUGGCCCACAGAAAGGAUGGCCUUCUUGGACAAUCCAACUAUCAUUCUAGCUCAUAUUCGACAGUCACAUGUGACCAGUGAUGACACAGGAAUGUGUGAGAUGGUUCUCAUUGAUCAUGAUGUUGACCUAGAGAAGAUUCAUCCUCCUUCAAUGCCUGGAGACAGUGGGUCAGAAAUUCAGGGAAGCAAUGGCGAGACUCAGGGCUAUGUAUAUGCCCAGUCAGUCGAUAUUACCUCAAGUUGGGACUUUGGUAUUAGAAGACGCUCAAAUACAGCUCAAAGAUUAGAACGACUCCGAAAAGAGAGACAAAACCAGAUCAAAUGCAAAAAUAUUCAGUGGAAAGAAAGAAAUUCUAAGCAAUCAGCCCAGGAGUUAAAGUCACUGUUUGAAAAAAAGUCCCUCAAAGAGAAACCUCCAAGUUCUGGAAGGCAGUCAAUAUUAUCUGUACGACUAGAGCAGUGCCCUCUGCAGCUGAAUAACCCAUUUAACGAGUAUUCCAAGUUUGAUGGCAAGGGUCAUGUAGGCACAACAGCAACCAAGAAGAUCGACGUCUACCUCCCCCUGCAUUCGAGCCAGGACAGACUGCUGCCAAUGACCGUGGUGACAAUGGCCAGCGCCAGGGUGCAGGACCUGAUCGGACUCAUCUGCUGGCAAUACACAAGUGAAGGACGGGAGCCGAAGCUCAAUGACAAUGUCAGUGCCUACUGCCUGCAUAUUGCUGAGGAUGAUGGGGAGGUUGACACAGACUUCCCCCCACUGGAUUCCAACGAGCCCAUUCAUAAGUUCGGCUUCAGUACCUUGGCCCUGGUUGAAAAGUAUUCAUCUCCUGGUCUGACAUCCAAAGAGUCACUCUUUGUUCGAAUAAAUGCUGCUCAUGGAUUCUCCCUUAUUCAGGUGGACAACACAAAGGUCACCAUGAAAGAAAUCUUGCUUAAGGCAGUGAAGCGAAGAAAAGGAUCCCAGAAAAUUUCAGGCCCUCAGUACCGCCUGGAGAAGCAGAGCGAGCCCAAUGUCGCCGUGGACCUGGAGAGCACUUUGGAGAGCCAGAGCGCAUGGGAGUUCUGCUUGGUCCGAGAGAACAGUUCAAGGGCAGAUGGAGUUUUUGAGGAGGAUUCACAGAUUGACAUAGCUACAGUACAGGAUAUGCUUAGCAGCCACCAUUACAAGUCAUUCAAAGUCAGCAUGAUCCACAGACUACGAUUCACAACUGAUGUCCAGUUAGGUAUCUCUGGAGACAAAGUAGAGAUAGACCCUGUUACGAAUCAGAAAGCCAGCACUAAGUUUUGGAUUAAGCAGAAACCCAUCUCAAUCGAUUCUGACCUGCUCUGUGCCUGUGACCUUGCUGAAGAAAAAAGCCCCAGUCACGCAAUAUUUAAACUCACGUAUCUAAGCAAUCACGACUAUAAACACCUCUACUUUGAAUCUGACGCUGCUACUGUCAAUGAAAUCGUGCUCAAGGUUAACUACAUCCUGGAAUCACGAGCAAGCACUGCCCGGGCUGACUAUUUCGCUCAAAAACAAAGAAAACUGAACAGACGUACAAGCUUCAGCUUCCAGAAGGAGAAGAAAUCAGGGCAGCAAUGACACUGGCCUCCAGCCCCAAUCUGUCACCAUAGCUCAGAGCCUUCCUGCCAGGGUCAGGUGGCCCUAGAGCCCACCCCGAGUCCUGCAGUCCUCGGGGGCAGGCCACCCCUGGCUCACAGACACAAGGCUGGGGGGCUCUUGGGGGAAUGGAGCUGGGGACAUCUCCACGGGACCGAAGACUGAGUGGCAGUGGCUUUGAUGAGCAGUGCCAGGGGGCCCGACGACACAGACGACACGCCCAGCCAUCUUCACUGCCCGACGGCCCUGCCUGAGGAUGUACAUAGCCAUGCCCAGACAUUUCCUUGCAACUUGAUCAAAUUUCUUAAAACAAACAAAGAACAAAGAUGUACAUUUCUUUUUUCUUUUUUUUCCUUUUAAUAAACAGGUGUACUCUUUAUCAUGGUUGGUAUGACGGGCCGUUCUUUGGGGCAGAGGAUUGAUCAUGUCAUUCUCUUUAAAACCUGUUCCCAUAUUGAACAGGCAGAUUGGAAAAGCUAUGGCUCGAUUUCUCAGAAGAAAUGUUUAGGGCUUAGUCAAUAGUUUUAACUAUGCCAUUUGUUUAAAUGAGUGCAUUGC